GUUUCUACAGUACUGGGGGAGAAUUGGGAGUGAAAACAACAUGACAACAUGCCACAGACCAACUUGCAGAAAGGAGGGAGUGCUGCUAGACUAUUCCAUUGACGGAGGGAUAUCCUGGACUUUGCUUCAUGAGAUGGAUUACCAAAAAUACAUCUCAGUUAGGCACGACUACAUCCUCCUCCCCGAACACGCUCUGACCAACACGACGCGGCUGCGCUGGUGGCAGCCUUUCACCAUCAGCAACGGGAUUGUUGUGUCAGGCCCUGACAGGGCCCAGUGGGCACUGGACAACAUCCUGAUUGGAGGAGCAGAGAUCAACCCCAGCCAGCUGGUCGAUACGUUCGAUGACGAAGGGACCUCUCAUGAAGAAAACUGGAGCUUUUACCCUAAUGCAGUCAGGACUGCAGGGUUCUGUGGAAAUCCAUCCUUCCAUCUCUACUGGCCGAAUAAGAAGAAGGACAAAACACACAACAUCCUGUCCUCCAGGGAGCUCAUUAUACAGCCAGGAUAUAUGAUGCAGUUUAAAAUCGUGGUUGGCUGUGAGGCAAAUUCUUGUGGGGACCUCCACUCAGUGAUGCUGGAGUAUACAAAGGAUGCCAGGACAGACUCAUGGCAACUCGUCCAGACACAUUGUCUUCCUUCCUCAUCGAAUAGCAUUGGCUGCUCCCCAUUUCAAUUCCAUGAAGCUACCAUCUAUAACUCUGUCAACAGCUCCAUGUGGAGAAGAAUAACUAUCCAGCUGCCUGACCAUGUCUCAUCCAGUGCAACUCAGUUCAGAUGGAUUCAGAAGGGAGAAGAACUGGAGAAACAAAGCUGGGCAAUCGAUCACGUGUACAUUGGGGAAGCCUGUCCUAAGCUCUGCAGUGGCCGCGGGUAUUGCACGACUGGAGCCAUCUGCAUUUGUGACGAAGGAUACCAAGGUGAUGACUGCUCUGUUUUUAGCCACGAUCUGCCCAGUUAUAUUAAAGAUAAUUUUGAAUCUGAAAGAGUCACUGAAAUAAACUGGGAAACCAUUCAGGGAGGAGUGAUAGGGAAUGGCUGUGGACAGUUGGCACCCUACGCCCACGGAGAUUCGCUUUAUUUUAAUGGAUGCCAAGUACGACAAGCUGUGACUAAGCCUCUGGAUCUCACCCGAGCAAGCAAAAUCAUGUUUGUUUUGCAAAUUGGAAGUAUUUCACAAACAGACAGUUGUAAUACCAAUCUGAGUGAUCCUAACACUGUGGACAAGGCAGUGCUCCUCCAAUACAGUGUAAAUAAUGGAAUUACAUGGCAAGUAAUUGCACAGCAUCAGCCAAAGGACUUUAUACAAGCCCAAAGAGUGUCUUAUAACGUUCCCCUGGAGGCACGAAUGAAAGGAGUCUUACUGCGCUGGUGGCAGCCCCGUCACAACGGGACAGGUCAUGAUCAGUGGGCUUUGGACCACGUAGAAGUCGUCCU